GUUCAUUAAUGUUAGAUAAUUUACAACUUACAUUACCACUCAUAAGCUCUUUGAUUAGAAUCAUCAUUUUUUGGUGGAAAAAAGAAGCAAAUAUACCAAUUAUGAAUAUGAUCGUGAAGGAUUGGAUAACGUUAAAAAGUGAUCAAGAGAGAAGCAUGAUGAUCCAAAGAGCACAGAAUGCUCGUAUAAUUUCUAUUUGUUCUUAUUGUAUAAUGGCAUUAGCGUGGUUCUUCAUCACAGUAUUGCCAAUUUUUGGAAUGUCAAUAAGACUAACUUCUAAUAUUACUGAUCCAGGAAAACUAUUGCCAGUACAAACUCGUUACAUUUAUGAUAUAACAAGAAGACCAUAUUACGAACUGACAUUUAUUAGUCAAGUCAUAUACGCAGGAAUUGCCAUGAUAGCCUAUUCUGGAAUAGACAAUUUUCUAAGUCUCUUAAUUUUUCACGUAUGCGGCCAAUUAGACAUUCUAAAAAAUCGUUUAACACAUUUAAAUAAGUACAUGAAUUAUCAUAAAAUGUUAAAAAGUUGCAUAGCAAAUCAUAACCCAUAUAACAACAAAUGGUACACUCUAAAUUCAGAAACUAUAGAAGAUUUGUUGCUCUUAAUGACAAGAGGUUCUAAAUCGGUCUAUCUGACCGCUGGAAAAGUGUCUCCUGUUACAAUGACUACAUUUUGCAGUUUAAUAGAAAAGGGAAAUAAUAUAUCAAUUACUCACUUGACAUAUGAAGUAUGUAUUCUUGUCAACACAUUUGGUCAUAUGUGUGUCUAUUGUGCUGUAGGAGAAAUUCUAAUGGCACAAUGCAAUCAAAUUCACAAUGCUGUGUAUAACAACAAAUGGUAUACUUUAGAGCCAAGAAGUGCAAAAUGCUUAAUUGUCUUAUUAAUUAGAAGCAACAAAUCGAAUUAUCUUACCGCUGGAAAAGUGUUUCCUAUGACAAUGGCUACAUUUUGUAACCUCAUAAAAACGUCAGCCAGUUACAUAUCUGUUCUCCUUACAACAAGAACCUAAUCGAAAAUAGAGGUAA